AUUAAUUUGGUUUAUUAAAAGUACUUAUCGUUUUCGUCACCUGUUUGUUUUUCGACGCAGUUUGCAAGCUACGACAAUUCACAAAAAGUUUUGCUUAGUUUUUGAAAAUAUUGUAAUCUUCGGGUUUGGUGUGGUGUGAUUGAUCUUUUAACUUGCGCUACAGUUUGCUAACGCAGGAAGCGAUCUUAUCACACAAAUACAUUCAUUUUUCGUUUGUUUGUUCUUCUUGCACACGCAGCAUCCUUCGGCAUAACGCAACCGUGAGUCCGUGACGUCUCGGUCAUUCUCAUUUUAUUUUCUUGGUCUUCCAUUCAUUGCGCAAAAGAGGCCGUGAUCGCAAUGUGUGAUAUAUGCUAACCACUUGGAAAGUUUAUUUUGCGCGUAUCGGGCUAUCGGCUUGCAGAUGCUUCCUCAGAUUGGUCGUAGCAUUGUUUAUUCGAUUCUGAAGAAUCUCUAAAUCUGUUGUUUCCCGUGAUUUCUCCUUAUGAUGUCCCGUGAAUGAAACUGACAGGAUCUAAUAUGAUACCUCGUUAUUAUAGUUGUUAACUGAUUAUGCAUUUUUGCCUCGCUUGUAGCACAAAUUCACAAUGACAAAGCAGCGGCAGUAAACUGCAGGUACACCCCUGCAUCGCCUGCAGCUAUCUGCUGUUACAGUAGUUGUAAAAACUGGAUUUGUUGCGUCCUGUCGCACACUGCCACAUGGUGGCGUGAUUGCAAACUGUAUUCAAUUUGGAUAUCCAUCCAUCCAUCCAUCCACAGUUGAGAAAUUCCGGUAUUUUUAACGCAAUGCUCGAUCAUGCUCUUAAGAAAUCUGUUAAUUGUGGGAUGUGGAUUCUUACUCCUGCCACCGACCGGAAAAUCUUUGGACAAUGGGUUGGUUCUUACUCCGCCAAUGGGUUGGUUGGCUUGGGAAAGGUUUCGCUGCAAUAUGGACUGCAAAAAUGAUCCGGAAAAUUGCAUUAGUGAAAAUUUGUUUAUGACCAUGGCCAAACGUAUAGCUGAAGAUGGAUUUAAGGAAGCCGGUUACAACUACGUCAUAAUUGACGAUUGCUGGAUGUUGAAUGAAAGAGAUUCCGCCGGUAGACUGCAGGCCGAUCCAGGCAGAUUUCCGCAUGGCAUUAAAUAUUUGGCAGACUAUGUUCAUUCUCUCGGAUUGAAGUUGGGAAUAUAUCAAGAUAUUGGGACCAAAACAUGUAUCGGCUUUAUUGGCAGUGAGGGUUAUGAGAGAAUUGAUGCGGAUACGUUUGCUUCAUGGGAUGUGGAUUACUUCAAACUUGAUGGCUGCUUUAAAGACCCUAAAGAAUUUGAUGUCGCAUAUCCUAAAUUUGGAAAAUAUCUCAACGAGACUGGUCGAAAAAUCGUAUACUCCUGCAGUUGGCCUGCUUACCAAGUGGAGCGCAAAAUGAUGGUGAACUGGACCGGCAUACGUGAGAACUGCAAUCUUUGGCGAAAUUAUGGGGAUAUUCAAGAUACCUAUGAAUCCAUCACGGAAAUUAUUCAGUGGUACGCAGCGAAUCAAGAUGUGCUCACCGCAAUAGCUGGACCAGGCGCAUUUAACGAUCCCGACAUGUUGAUAAUAGGAAAUUUCGGUUUGUCGUUGGGCCAGUCGGAGUCGCAAAUGGCAAUUUGGGCUAUUUUGGCUGCUCCUCUUAUGAUGUCCAAUGAUCUCAGGAAUCUUAGGCCGGAAUUCAAAGAAAUUCUACUGAAUAGAGAUAUUAUCGAAGUUGAUCAGGAUCCUCUGGGGAUCCAAGGACGUCAGAUAUUAUCAGCACAACAAGGUCAAGGAGUCGAAGUUUGGCGGCGGCCGGUAUUACCAGUGAGUCAGAUUGGUAACGAAACGUGGGCUUCCUUUGCCGUUGUCUGCUGGAAUCGCCGCGUGGAUGGUACUCCUUUUGCGUUCUACAAACAGUUAGCAUUCUAUGGUUUGACGCACUCUGGGGGUUACUAUAUCAAAGAUCUUUUCACGAAAAAAGAUUAUGGAUUAAUGCAGUCUACUGAUGUUCUUCCAUUCCGUAUCAAUCCAGCUGGGAGCGUGAUCAUGUUUAAGGCUACGCUGGCGGUAGCUGUUGGAACAGACCAUCAUAAGAAGAAAGAGUCGGAUUUGUUGAAAGAUCGCUUGAAAUUAAAGCGAGAUGAAAGAAAAAUGGAUCCCGGGAAGUAUGUUCAUCAUGUCCUGCCAGAUUCGGAUACGUCGGUUUCUCCCGGUGGAGAGACAUUUGUGUUUAUCUUGAAAGUUAUUGCUGUGAUAUGUGUUCUCCUAAUUGUUGUUAGACUCGUAGGAUUACGGUUAGGGUUGGGGAACGUGGUACGCUCUUUUCGUAGGAUGCUUUCAAACCUUAAUUCCGGUAUCAGGAGUCAUUCCGUUUCGCUUAGAACGGCGCACACUGUGUGAAUAUGUUAAAGUGCUUUAUUUUUUAAACCAUGGUUUACGGAACUGUGAAUCUCUGGGUGGAGAUCUUUAUGGUUACUCAGUACUCAGUUGUUUUUUUAUCAUAGUUUAACGUAAAAGAAUGUUGGUUACUCAAGGUGUUCUUAUUAAGUACAUAGCCUUAAAAACUGUAGAUAUGACGAACAAGAACUACUCGUAGCGA